AAUAUGUAUGAUUUUGAAAAUGUUGGCUUCACAAACUCCGUUGACGGUAUGAAGUAUCUAACUUGUGCUGAUUGUGAAUACGGUCCUAUAGGGUUCUUAGAUGUAGACACAAAGAUCCACUAUGUUAGUCCAGCUAGAGACAUGGCAGAGAAGAAGGAAGCGCCACAGGUUUUAUCGAGUACAGUCGAAGAGCCUCUCGACUUAAUUAAACUCAGCUUAGAUGAGCGUGUCUAUGUGAAAAUGCGUAACGAUAGAGAGGUAUGCAUUUUGCAUCAUCUUAUGUAUCUUUUUCAUAUGCUAAUAAUUUCAAAGGGGGUUUUUCUUUCAUUUUCCGCUAUGUGUUAA